AUACUCUAUUGGCCUAUUCAUUCCCAGUCAGAGUGCAGGGACGCGAGGGUAACCUUGAGUGAAGCUGCAAGCUACAACUUGACUUACAAUGAAGUCCACAGUCUUGUUCCUGUCUCUCUUGUUUUCCCUUGCCUUCUCCUUUGAUGAAGACAUUGAGUAUUAUACAGAAGAAGGGAACGAAAUUGAGAACAGCCACAUCACGACAGUAUUCAGGAGCAAGAGACAAGAGGGACCAGGAAAUGCCACAACUGUAUCUGAUCAUCAUGUCUACUAUCGGUCUCAGUACAUAUCUCGUGGUGACUCCUACUGGUUUGAACUGAAAGGCAGAGAAGGCGUGAAUGAGACAGCCAUCCAGGAACUCUUUCGUUAUUAUGUGGUAUGGAGAAUGCCCUUCCCUUUUCCCUUUUAUGGACACAUACUUGAUAGAAUAGCCGUAUCCACUGGAGGUUUUCUAUACACUGGCACAUUUUAUCACAGUCAGAUCCACUUGACACAAUUCAUUGCACCUUUACAAGCUAAUUUUAAUCCUUCGCUCAACGACACUGCUAAAAUACUGGUCUACAGUACAGCAAACAGAUUCACUGUUCAGUGGGAAGGCGUCCAUAAUGAUGAUCACAUUAACGAUGGCGAGUUUACAUUUCAAGUCUCCCUCUUUCCUGAUGGUACCAUUCAUUUUGCAUACCGUGAGAUACCAUUGCCCAUAAAUAAGAUCAAUAAUGAUGAGCAUCCCGUUGAAGUUGGACUGGCUGAUUCUUUCUAUGUUGACGUGAUUGAUCGAUUCGGACGAAUCAUUCGUUAUAUUUAUGAAUACUCACGUAUACAACUCAACAAGACGCAGGAAUUAUCGAACACUGCUUACGUCAUUACGCCAGUGCCAAAUUGCAUUAUUGCUAACUCAUGUGAAAGUUGCUCUAACAUCAGCAAGCAAGGAAUUUUUAAUUGUGCUUGGUGUGCAAAUUUAUCAAGAUGUUCUGAUGGAAUAGACAGGCAUAGACAAGAAUGGUUCAUCGCUGGCUGCCAUAAUCAAGCUGUUUCAACCUGCCAGACCUCAACUGUGAGACCAACUGUAACCACACGACCAAUUUAUACUUCAUCUUUUUUAGUCUCCUCCACACGACAAAUUUUUACUCCAUCUUUUUUAACUUCCUCUCCUCCUCUUCCUACAAUUACUUCAGGCCCUCCACAGACCACAACUCCUCCAAGAACCUCCUUAUCGACAGGUGCUGAGGUUGGCAUUGGUCUGGUGGCGGUAUUCCUGUUAGUCCUGAUAAUCCUGGUGGUUGUGAUUGGAGGUGUAGUGUUGUACCUUAGACUCAAGAGGCCAGUCUCAGGACCUCAGAGUCAGGUUGUUUAUAAACAAAAAAAAGGUGAACAAGGUCUUGAUUUUCCUGAUGAUACUGACGGAUUUGUUGAUAAAGACGAGUUGGCAAUUGAGGUUGAUGAAGCCAGUAUACUAUGAAGGAUGUUAUAACAGCAAUCGUGUGCAUAUAAGAGUGUAAUUUUCAAUAUUGAUUAUGUAAAACAGUUAUUAUUUCAUUUUUUGCCCAUCGCUAUUAUUAUUAUUUUUUGCCAUUUCUAUGAUUUCUCUUGAUUUUACUCAAUCACACUCAAGCUGUUUUAUUUAA